AAGCGCGAAAGCGAAUCAUCGUCGUCUAGUAAUUCUACUUCCAUUGACAAAUCUCUCAAGUUCCUGGGCCAUGUCGUGUUCUUUUACAUCCUCUUCGUCAACCUGAGCGGCGUCUUCCUCACCUUGCUCUACUUCUCGCUCGUCGCUGACGCGAGGGCGGUGCUGCGGAUGAAGAAGAUUAAGGUCAUCCUUUUCUCCAUCUUUGUAACGGUUUCCUCCUUCACCAACUGCGGCUUCACUCCAAACAACGAGAACAUGGCGGCCUUCAAGAGCAACUCUGCUCUGAUCUUGAUACUGAUCCCUCAAAUCCUAGCGGGUAACACUCUGUUUCCUCUCUGCUUGAGGCUGGCGAUUUGGGUGAUGAAAAAGACGACGAAGAGGGAGGAGUUCGGGGACGUUCUACGGCGACCGGAGGUCGCGGAAUAUUACAAGCACUUGUUCCCUCGCUCUCACUGCGCCUAUUUGGCGCUCACGGUGGCCGGGUUCGUGCUGGUGCAGCUUGUUCUGCUCUGCCAGCAGGAGUGGAGCUCGCCGGAGAUCUUCCACGGGAUGAAUGCGUUCCGGAAGUUGGUGGCCACUCUGUUUCAGUCGGUGAACUCCCGGCACGCCGGCGAGUCAGUGUUCGAUAUCUCCAAGCUGUCUCCGGCGAUCUUGGUUCUCUUUGUCGUCAUGAUGUACCUUCCUCCGUAUACUUAUUUCAUUCCAGAAGAAAGAGAUCCUCCUGCUUGGAACUCUUCCAACAACAGACGAAGAAAGUUGCUUCUGCGGAGCUUGCACCUCUCUCUGCUAUGUUUUCCGGUCAUCUUUGUCAUCUUCAUCAGCAUCACAGAGAGGAAAUCAUUUUCGAUAGAUCCUUUGAAUUUUAACAUCUUCAACGUCGUAUUGGAAGUCAUCAGUGCGCAUGGAAACGUAGGGUUCUCGAUGGGUUACAGUUGCGAUCGGUUGAUAAGAUCCGAUGGAAGGUGCGAGGAUGUAUCGUAUGGAUUUGCAGGGAGAUGGAGCGGCAAAGGGAAGAUGAUCCUGAUGGUGGCCAUGCUUUUGGGAAGGCUGAAGAAAUUUCAGAUCGAGGGAGGGAAAGCAUGGAAUUUUGGUUGAAAAAUAAUUUUGUCAAUUAUGAUUAAUGCCGUAAAUCAAAGAACACCAUCUUUAUUGUA